UCGUUGUUUCCUGCAGAGAGACUCCCAGACGAUCAGAUUCACCUUCAGACCAAACUAGCAGCUUCCUGAGUUAAUCCAGCUGCAGGAGAGAAAAGUGGAAACCCCCAACUCUGCUGCUUCAAGCUGCUCACACUGAAGCUUCACUCAGAGACAAAAUGGCUUACAUGUUAGAGGAGGAUCUCUGCUGUCCGGUCUGUAGGGACGUCUUUAAGAAUCCGCUUGUUCUGUCAUGUAGCCACAGCUUCUGUAAGGAAUGUCUGCAGAGCUGCUGGAGAGAGGACCCAUCAAGACAGUGCCCAGUUUGUAAGAGAUCUCCAACGGAUGAUCCGCCUUUAAAUCUGGUUCUAAGGAACCUGUGUGAGACUUUCUUACAGCAGAGAGACCAGAGACUUUCAGAGGAUCUCUGCAGUCUGCACUCUGAGAAACUCAAACUCAAACUCUUCUGUCUGAACCAUCUAGAACCAAUUUGCUCCAUCUGCAGAGAUUCAGAAAAACACACCAACCACAGAUUCAGACCCAUCGAUGAAGCUGCUCAGCAACACAAGAAGAAACUUCAGGAAACUCUGGAGCCUUUAAAGAAGAAACUGGAGCUGAAGAAGAAAGUUAAAGAGGAGUUUGAUCAGACAGCAGAACACAUGAAGGUCCAGGCCCGACACACAGAGAGGCAGAUUGUUGAGCAGUUUAAGAAGCUUCAUCAGUUUCUAGCAGAGGAAGAGGAGGCCAGGCUGGCUGCACUGAGGGAGGAAGAGGAGCAGAAGAGAGGGAUGAUGAAGGAGAAGAUGGAGGCUCUGAGCAGAGAGAUAGCAGCUCUUUCAGACACAGUCAGAGCCACAGAGGAGGAGCUGAGAGCUGAAGACGUCUCAUUCCUGCACAACUACAAGGCUGCAGUGGAAAGAGUCCAGCGCUGCCCCCUGCUGGAGGAUCCACAGCUGCCCUCAGGAGCUCUGAUAGACCAGGCCAAACAUCUGGGCAACCUGGCCUUCAACAUCUGGAGCAACAUGAAGGACAUGGUGACCUACACUCCUCUGGUUCUGGACCCAAACACAGCUGGGUCAAAGGUCAUCCUGUCUGAAGAUCUGACCAGUUUUACUAGAGAAGAGAAACAGCAGCUUCCUGAUAAUCCAGAGAGGUUUGAUGAAUGGGAGUCUGUUCUGAGCUCUGAGGGCUUUAACUCAGGGAACCACAGCUGGGAUGUUGAAGUUGGAGACAGUGAAGGCUGGGUGCUUGGUGUGAUACCAGAGUCUGUCCAGAGAAAGGGAGAGAUAGAGUCUGGAUGGUUGGCUAUAUGGUUAUAUAAAGGUAAAUAUAAAGCAGAGUUUCCACCAGCUCCAGUCACGUUUCUCUCAGUCCAGAAGAAACUCCAGAGGAUCAGAGUGAAUCUGGACUGGGACAGAGGAAAGCUGUCAUUCUAUGAUCUGGAUACUAACACACACAUACACACCUUCACACACACCUUCACUGACAAGAUGUUUCCAUUGUUCAACACUUGGAAUAAAGUAAAAAUCCUCCCUAUGAAGAUAUCAGUGAUCAAACAUCAAGCUCUGAUGUUCUCAGCAUGAAGAACAAAAAGUCCAAAUGAAAC